UUUAUUUUAUCGCAAAUACUCAAAAUGGAGCCAAUUUAUUGUUGAAUGUAUAGUGUAAUUAAAAAAUUGUGCUGUAGCUGACAUAAUUGUAAAUACAUAGUGUAUUUUUAGAGUUCGUACCAAUGAGAUGUAAAAAAUGAAUAACAGUUCGGAUUAUAUUUAUUGGUCUGAAUUGCAUUGCUCCAAAGAUGCCCUUACUGAUAGAUAUGGCUGGUUUAUGCAGUUUCUGUUGGCUGUCCUAGCAUUUACAUGCCUCAUCGGUAAAAGAUUUUGUGAGCCAAAAUAUGCAAGAAGACCAUGGUUGAUAUGGUUCUACGAUACCUCCAAACAGGGCCUUGGAGCUUUAAUCAUACAUGCCGCCAAUGUGUGGCUCUCACCACACCUUACUGGCAACCCCUGUACAUGGUACAUAGUUAACUUUAUGUUAGACUCCACUCUUGGCCUGCUCAUCAUAUGGGCAGGAAUCAGACUAGCUCAGCAUUGCGCUAGAAUAUAUGACAUACCACUCAUUAAUUUUGGAGAGUAUGGACGACCACCCAUGUGUGCAGCAUGGAUAUGUCAAUGCGUACUGUAUGCUGCUCUAGCUACGUUCGCUAAGUCCAUACUGGCAUUGGUCCUGCGGCUCCCGCCGGUGGUCGCUGUGCUGUCAACGCUGCGGUUAUCACCAGUCUCCGACCCAAGGCUGGAGUUGGCCGUUGUGAUGCUCAUUAUACCAUUCUUUGUUAAUAUUUUAAUAUUUUGGGUGACAGACAACUUCCUUAUGUACCAUCCCAGAGGCGUCAACUCAAAAAUAAAGGCCAAAGUGCGCUAUCAAUCUAUCAAAAAAGAUAGAUCAGGUUCAGAAGACGAAGAGCAUUCGGCCGACGAGAAAUUGCUUGGAGCAAGCGUAUGACCAUACCCAAAGCCCAAAAUAUUCCGGGCCUAAUCUUAUACUAUAUGUAUAUAAUGUUAUGACUUAUGACGAUGUAUAUUAUGUAAUAUGAUACUAAUUUAUAUCUAAGACAUUACACUAAAUUGUAUUCGUCAUUUGUUUAACUUGUUUGUUUAACUUAUAAGAUUUUCUAUUGAUUCCUUUAUUAAGUCGGUACUUUGCCUAAAAGUCAUAGAACUGACUUUUAGGCAAAGUUAAAAAUACUGAGGAUUUUUUUUUUAUAUAAUGAUAUUGAUGUAAAUUAGUGCCAUCUACUGCUGACAUUUCUUGAAAACAAAAAGCUCCCGAUAUAAAAAUUCAAUUCUCGGGCUCUGGGCAACCAAAGAAUAAUUAUUGAGUUCGGGGCUCCUUGCUUUGUGUUCCUCUACUACAAUCCGUUCACUGAACAGGAAUAAAUUUUUACACAGGCCUAACUCUACUUGUCUCUUUCACUCUUGCUUGACCUGUGCAUAAGUGAAUUCUGUUAUUCCUCCCUGUUAAAUGACCAGACUUUAAUUUGCUAAAAUCACAUUAAAGUUUACAAUUAGAAAAGAUAAUACAUCUUUUCUUAAAUGGCUAUUAUGUAUACGAAUAUCUUAUAAUAUAUUUUUUGUCUAUGGUAUAA